AUGAAAGCUACACCAAAGCUCUCUUACCUGUCCGAUAUCAGGCCGUACAAGCCUGAAUGGUGGGUCCAAGUCAAGGUCCUUCAUACCUGGAAACAACACAGUGAAUACGGUGAAACCAUGGAAAUCAUUUUUGCUGACAAGAAGGGAAACAAAAUUCAAGCAUCUUGCAAAAAAAACUACUUGCUUAGUUUGGGUGCGGAUUGUCGUGUGGGUGAAUGGAAAAAUCUAGAAAAUUUCGUGAUAACUCCAGCAGGAGGUGGUUACCGACCUACCAAUCAUCCUUAUAAGCUGUCGUUCAUGAAGUUCACCUCAAUUGAACCAUACGAAUACAAUAAUAUCGAUAUGUUUCUGGAUUUAGUUGAGUUUGAAACUAUAUUGAGUGGACAGCUAGACAACAAUCUCUUAAUUGAUGUUGUGGGGCAAGCCAUAGAUAUUGGAGAAAAGUUAACUCUCCAAUGUAGUAAUGGGAAAGAGAAAAAGAAGAUCGAAUUCACUCUCAGAGACAUAAAUGAUGAACGCAUACCAUGUUGUCUUUGGGGGAACUUUGCUGAUACCUCUCAGUUAUUGAUCAAUCCACCAAUAGAUGAGAGUGCUGCAUUGAAAGAAAUGUUUAAGUGUGAUACAGCAAACAUGUCAAUUGUUGAAUCAAACGAUCCUAACAAUCAGAUGGCUCGUCACGAGACUAAGGUGAUCAAAAUUGACACCUGGGAUCAGUAUGAAGAUAAAACCGUGGCCGAAUUAUUGACUUCUACACAGAUUGGGAAAUGCAAGGUUGUGUGUACAAUCUAUGCUGUAGAUACCGAUUUCGGUUGGUAUUACUUUGGAUGUGACAUAUGCAACACUAAAACUUAUAAAGUUAAUCAAAGAUACAUCACAUCUGGGAAGGAAUUGGCAUUCCCUCUGUUUUGGUGUGAAAAAUGCAAUGACAAUGUUACUAAUGUGACCCCUAAAUUUAAGGUUCAUCUGCUGCUAAAGGACGAUACAGGAACCACCAAAUUCAUGCUUCUUGAUUCCAUUGCAAAUGGAAUUAUAGUAGAAAGUGCUGAAAAAAUCCUAAAAGGAUCAUUGAACGAGAUUGAAGAUCCAGAGAUGUUGCCCCAGUCACUUAGAGAUGUUAUCGGAAAGACAUAUAAGUUUGGUGUUAUCAUUGAAAAGAACAAUGUUGCUUAUGGAUCUAAAAGUUACAAAGUUGCAAAGGUUUGGUCUAUCAGCAAUAUGCUAAUGGUUGCUUCACAGUCAGAGACUAAGUCUGCGCUUGAUACCACCCUCCCUGUGGAUGAGCACAUAUCUCUCCUGACUGACGGUGAGGAAAGUUCUGAGACUUUAAAAACACCAACUUCUAAGCGAUCCCAAGCGCUUAAAGAUGAUGUUCCUGAACACACCUCGACAUCGAAAAGGCAACGCGGAAAAAGUAUCAAGAUGGAGAAAUAA